UGCGACAACCGUGAUCGAUUAUUUUUCCUGUUCUGCCAUUUCCGGUAGUGAGUUUUGUGGACGACGGAUGGAGUAGUAAUUUGCUGUGUUUAAGUGUCUAAAAUAAUAUUUGCAGAUUGAUUUUCGGUUUUAAAACGUAAAAAAUAGAUGUAAGGAUCCUCUUUGAAGCAGAGAAACGUAAACCGCUUCAAAAUGCCGGAACGAGACAGUGAGCUGUACUCAAAUCCCCUGGCUCCAGAUGGCCAUGAGGUGGAAGAUCAUCGGUCAGCUCUCCAUUACAUCUUUGUUGUUUUUUUUAGGAAAGAUGAAGAUCCAGAACAGAAAAUUGAAUUCAAGACCCGUCUCGGGAGGAAUAUUUACCGCAUCUUAUUCAAGAAUCGUGCACUGGAGAGAAACGAGCUUUUUCUGCCUGGCAGGAUGGCCUAUGUAGUGGAUCUGGAGGAUGAGUAUGCCGAUACUGAUAUUCCCACAACGCUGAUCAGGAGCAAAGCUGACUGUCCCACAAUGGAGGCUCAAACCACCCUGACAACAAAUGACAUUGUAAUAAGCAAGCUGACUCAGAUCCUGUCCUACCUUCGGCAAGGCACCCGCAACAAGAAGAUGAAGAAGAAAGAGAAAGGAAAACUUGAUGAAAAGAAACCCCCAGAGGCAGAUUUGAAUAUUUUCGAUGACAUUGGGGACUACACCCCCUCCUCCUCCAAGGCCAUGCGCGAGAAGGAGAAGGAGAAGGAGAAGGAGCGCCACCGCGAGAGGGAGCGGGAGAGGGAGCGCGAGAGAGACCGGGAAAGAGAACGAGAGAGGGAGAGAGACAGAGAAGAAGAGAAAAGGAGACACAGCUACUUUGAGAAACCAAGGGUUGAUGAUGAGGUUGUGGAGAUGGAAAAGGGUCCUGCGUCUGUGAAGGAUCAAAUUAAAUUGAUCAACGAGAAGUUUGCUGGAAGUGCACAGUGGCAAGGCCAAGAGACUGCUGGCAGUAGAAGGGAAGAGAAGAAACAUGUUGGGGACUUUUUUGGGAUGUCUAACAGCUACGCUGAGUGCUAUCCUGCUACAAUGGAUGAUCUAGCAGUGGACAGCGAUGAAGAAGUGGACUACAGUAAAAUGGAUCAGGGCAAUAAGAAAGGACCAUUGGGACGCUGGGACUUUGACACUCAGGAAGAGUACAGCGAGUAUAUGAAUAACAAGGAAGCCCUCCCUAAGGCUGCCUUCCAGUAUGGAAUUAAGAUGUCAGAGGGUCGGAAAACUCGCCGCUUCAAGGAGACCAAUGAGAAGGCAGAGCUUGACCGGCAGUGGAAGAAGAUCAGUGCUAUUAUUGAAAAGAGGAAGAAAAUGGAAGCAGACGGGGUGGAAGUGAAGAGGCCAAAAUACUGAAGACUUUCCAUUUUUAGUUACCAUUUUAUUCUAUUACUGGUCUAUGUUUGUGCUAUUUCUUUAAUGAGUAAUUUGAAUUGCAGUAUAUAGUAUGCUAGGAUUGAUUUGUGUAUUUAAAAAUGUAUCAGCUUUUUUUUUCCUUUUUAAUCCUUCAAGGAAAUAGGCUUCUGUAUUGCAACAACUUCAAAGGGUUGAUGUUCUGUACAUUAAAGUUAAAGGUCUUCUAAAACUCCUUAGCAUAUCCUGAAGUGCAACCCCAAAAUAAAGUGUUGCUCUGAAUAAACAUGCAUUUUAUUGA